AUAAAAAUGAAGUUGGCUGCUGGCUGCUGUUUCUUAAUUGCUGCUGUUGUUGGUGUUUGCAAUGCUGCACCUGCUAAAGGAAAAGUGUUUGAUCAUUUCCUUCAAAUUUGGUUUGAGAAUCAGGAUUUUGAUGUGGUUGCCAAAACUCCUGGCUUUACCAAUCUUCAAAAGUAUGGUAUUCUCUUGAACAACUACAACGCUCUGACACAUCCUUCUCAACCCAACUAUGUGGCGGCUGCAGGUGGUACUAACUAUGGUAUUACUGAUGACAAAAGUAAAAAUAUUCCUGCCAAUGUCAAGACUAUUUUUGAUCUUUUGGAAAAUGCUGGUUUAACCUGGAAGCUGUAUCAAGAAGAUAUUCCCUCUGUUGGAUGGACAGGAACAAGAUCAGGUCUCUAUGUUCGUAAGCAUAACCCUGCUGUUUCUUAUGCCUCUAUCAACAAAAACUCUACUCGUUUGCAAAACAUUGUUCCUGCUACUCAAUUCGCAAAGGAUAUUGCCAAUAAGAACCUCCCUAAUUGGAUGUUCUAUACUCCCAAUUUGGAUAAUGAUGGACAUGAUACUGAUGCUGCUACUGCUGGUAAAUGGUUGACCGAGUUUUUUAAAAACACCUUGAAUGACCCUUAUGUGCUUGAAAAUGUUCUCAUUUUGAUCACAUUUGAUGAGACGGACAGCUACUCUAUUCGUAACAAGGUCUGGUCACUUUUGUUGGGCGCAGUUCCUGAUAACUUGAAGGGAACAACUGAUUCUACAUUCUAUUCUCACUAUUCUACUCUCAGCACAGUAGAACAAAACUGGGACUUGGGCGAUCUAAAUCAACAAGAUACAAACAAAAAGAUGGCUAAUGUGUUCAAGUAUGUCGCCGAUCAAAUUGGCUACCAGAAUGUGGAUGUUCCUCCCUCCCAAAUUCCAAAGGGCAAUACUAAAUUGAAUUAGUGCAAUAUAUUAAUAAAUUCUUCAUGAAUGCUAUUCUCUUCAGCUGAUUGGUUUGAAACCGAAACAUGUAACUCUUACAAAGAUACACUAUUUAAAUCCCUCUUCUUGAAUAAAUAUUUAUUCUUUCCUUUUCUUU